UAUGUGGACCAUCGUGCUGUCCGGCACGCUGCCACGAUCUUGACCAGGCUCACGAAUUGCCCCCUUCCCCCGCCCCCACGGAAAGUUUGGGGCGGGCUUGGACCGAGGCCGAUGUUGUGGGAUCGGAUUUCCCUACGGUGGCCCCCCGCCCGCUCGCCCGACUGUAAGGCUGGGGAGGCGGUUUGGCACAGGCCCCCGGCCGGAGCCAGUCCACCCUGUCCCGCACUGGGGCGCCUCGGUGUACGGCCGGCUGUUCCGGGUGGGUCAAGGUGUGGGAACGAAAGCCUGGAUCCCGCACCCCUCCAUCUUCCCUGGCCACCAGUGCCCCCUGCCUUGGGAGGAACUGGGGGUGGAAGCUCCGCUGCGCAGGCGGAUUCUUGGAGCACGCUGCAGGGUCCUACCCGAGCCUGGGGGCUGCUGGCCUGGAGUUUAGAUCUCUGGCGUGUGCCAUGGCCCCACACUGGGCUGUCUGGCUGCUGGCAGCAGGGCUGUGGGGCCCGGGCAUUGGAGCUGAUGUGUGGUGGAACCUUGUGCCCCGGAAAACAGUAUCUUUUGGGGAUCUCUUGGGAGGCCCCAGCUGAGAAGAAAAAUGAGUGUAUACAGAAAGGGAAGAGCAACCAGACAGAGUGCUUCAACUUUAUUCGCUUCCUACAACCAUACAACACCUCCCAUCUGUAUGUCUGUGGUACCUAUGCCUUUCAGCCCAAGUGCACCUACAUUGACAUGCUCACCUUCACCUUGGAGCGUGGAGAGUUUGAGGACGGGAAGGGGAAGUGUCCCUAUGACCCAGCUAAGGGCCACACUGGCCUCUUUGUGGAUGGUGAGCUAUACUCUGCCACACUUAGCAACUUCUUGGGCACAGAGCCUGUCAUCCUACGUAACAUGGGGCCCCACCACCCCAUAAAGACUGAGUACCUGGCCUUUUGGCUGAAUGAACCCCACUUCGUAGGCUCUGCCUAUGUUCCUGAGAGUGUGGAGAGCUUCUCUGGGGACGAUGACAAGAUUUACUUCUUCUUCAGUGAGCGGGCCGUGGAGUAUGACUGCUAUGCCGAGCAGGUGGUGGCUCGUGUAGCCCGCGUCUGUAAGAGUGACAUGGGGGGUGCACGGACCCUGCAGAGGAAGUGGACAACAUUCCUGAAGGCGCGGCUGACAUGCUCGGCUCCUGACUGGAAGCUCUACUUCAACCAGCUGCGGGCGGUGCACACCCUACAGGGUGCCUCCUGGCACAACACCACCUUCUUCGGGGUUUUUCAAGCACGGUGGGGCGAUACAGACCUGUCAGCAGUCUGUGAAUACCAGCUGAAAGAGAUCCAGCGGGUGUUUGAGGGUCCCUACAAGGAGUACCGUGAGCAAGCUCAGAAGUGGGGCCGCUAUACUGAUCUGGUCCCUGUCCCUCGCCCUGGUUCGUGCAUCAACAACUGGCACCGCCGCAAUGGCUAUGCCAGUUCCUUGGAGCUUCCUGACAACACGCUCAACUUCAUCAAGAAGCACCCACUGUUAGAAGAGCAGGUGCGGCCUCAGUGGGGCCGCCCCUUGUUUGUGAAGAAGAGCACUAACUUCACACACCUGGUGGCUGACCGAGUUCUGGGGCUUGACGGAGCCACCUAUACGGUGCUAUUCAUUGGCACAGGAGAUGGCUGGCUGCUGAAAGCAGUGAGUUUGGGAUCCUGGGUGCACCUGAUCGAGGAGCUGCAGGUGUUUGAUCAGGAACCUGUGGAAAGCCUGGUGCUAUCUCCGAGCAAGAAGCUGCUUUUCACUGGCUCUCGAUCUCAGCUGGUUCAGCUGCCCCUAGCCGACUGUGCCAAGUACCGCUUCUGUGCAGAUUGUGUCCUCGCCCGGGACCCCUACUGUGCCUGGAAUGCCAACACCAGUCGCUGUGUGGCUGUGGGGGGCCACUCUGGAUCCCUUCUGGUUCAGAAUGUGACAGUCUUGGACACCUCUGGUAUUUGUAACCUGCGUGGCAUUAGGAAUGUCAGGCUCACUCCCAAAAACAUCACAGUGGUAGCAGGCACGGACCUAGUGCUGCCCUGCCACCUCUCUUCCAACUUGGCUCGUGCCCGCUGGACCUUUGGAGGCCGGGACCUGCCAACAGAACAGCCAGGCUCCUUUCUCUAUGAUACAGGACUCCAGGCCCUGGUGGUGAUGGCUGCCCAGCCUCGUCAUGCCGGGGCCUACUACUGCUUUUCAGAGGAACAGGGGACACAGCUGGCUGCAGAAGGCUACCUUGUGGCUAUUGUGGCAGGCCCUUCGGUGACCCUGGAGGCUCGAGCCCCCUUGGAAAACUUGGGGCUCGUAUGGCUAGCUGUGGUGGCUCUGGUGGCCGUGUGCCUGGUGCUGCUUCUGCUGGUUUUGUCACUACGUCGACGACUACGGGAAGAGCUGGAAAAAGGUGCCAAGGCAGCUGAAAGGACCCUGGUGUAUCCCCUUGAGCUGCCCAAGGAACCCACCAGUCCUCCUUUCCAUCCUGGCCCUGAAACAGAUGAGAAACUUUGGGAUCCUGUUGGCUACUACUACUCGGAUGGCUCCCUCAAGAUUGUGCCUGGACACGCUCGGUGCCAGCCUGGGGGUGGGCCUCCUUCUCCACCUCCUGGCAUCCCUGGGCAGCCCCUGCCUUCUCCAACUCGGCUUCACCUGGGGGGUGGACGGAACUCAAAUGCCAAUGGCUACGUGCGCUUACAGUUAGGAGGUGAGGAUCGGGGAGGGCUCGGGCAUCCCCUGCCUGAGCUUGCUGAUGAACUGAGAAGGAAACUGCAGCAACGCCAGCCACUGCCUGACUCCAACCCGGAGGAGUCUUCAGUAUGAGGGGAAGCCCCCACCGCAUCGGUCGGUGGGGGUGCAUGGGAGGUGCACUCCUACUUUUGCACAGGCACCAGCUACCUCAGGGACAUGGCACGGGCACCUGCUUUGCCUAGGACGGGCAUGCCCAGCACCCGCCCGGCCAUGAGGACCUGCUCAGCAUGGGCACUGCCACUUGGUGUGGCUCACCAGGGCAUCAGCCUCACAGGAGGCUCGCCCUCUUCUGUGGAUCUUGGACAUGUGGGACCCCAGCAGCCAAAACUUCAAGACAGAAGUUUCAUGAUGUGGGUGUGUCUGUGUAUCUGUGUGUUGGUUGUGUGUGUGUAAGUGUGUGUGGCAUAACCUUCCUGUCUGUCCAGUCUUCCCUUGGCCUGGGGUCCUCCUGGUGAGUCUUUUGAAGCUAUGAAGGGGAAGGGGGUCGUACCACUUUGCCUCUCCUACCCCUACCUGUCCCAAGUUGAGGGGCAGCAGGUGUAUAUAUGGGGGUGGGAUGGGCAGGGUGCUGUGCCCCCUUUGGGGGGGGAGUGCAGGGCUCAGGGUGGGCCUAGUCCUGUUCUAGGGCUGUGAAUGUU